ACUCGGUCCAGGGCUGCAGUCCUCCAUCCACGGCUGCAUAUGAUCUCCGACAUGUUUGACUCCACCUGAUCCAACCAAUGAGCUCGUUGUGCUCCUCUCCGCCACGUGCCGAACGGAUCGCUGACGAGCACCUUCCUGGUGGGGCAUGAGUCCGGCAUCCUCAACAAGUGCCCCAACCAUCGUAUCCUUCCGGCUUUGACAACUGUCGGGAUAUCUGCACCGCCAAAUAGCUCAGCUAGCUCGCCGCCGUUCGAAAAUAGCGAGUGCAUUGGUGUCCUGUUAGUAGGCACGAUUUCCCUGAACAAUGCGCCUUCGUAUUUCACUGCUCAUAUUGUUAUUAAGAAAUUGGAGAGAACGGGUGAAAAUUGUGCCCCGGAUGUCGAAACCCACGUGUCAUACCCAGGUUUCCACUCGUCUGGUAGUUCUUCCUGGUCCUAAAUCCUUACGAUCAGCCGAUGUAUAAUCGUGGCCAGUCUCUCCGGACCCAUCUUGAAUAGCUCGGUCACCAGACCUUCGCUGCCAGCUGACUUUUUGCUUUUCAGCUGUUUGAUGGCACUGAUGACUUCGUCCAAGGAUGACGGGGGCACUUCGUCAUCCUGCUGGGUGACGUAAUACUGCUCUCCUCUGCUUCCUGCGCCUGGUUUAGUCUCUCCUGCAUCUGCUCAAUUCAGGUAUCUGUCGAAGUAGCACUUCCACCUGCUGCAUCAGUUGCUCCUCCGACUCUUCGAAUCUGCGCUUUUUGUCCUGGAAGAGACGGGUCUGUCGCCUGCUCAGUCGUCUGAAGUUUUCCACCUUCUGCCGGGUCUAGCGCUGCAGCAUACGGGUACAUUGGUCAUUGAGGGACAUCGCCUCGAAGGUAGUUUCCUCCGGCAGCGCUUCGCUAAGCGCGGUCGCGAAGUCCUUCGUUUACGAUUUGCGCUUACGAUUGUUAACUUCAAUAUUACUAUUUAGUAUUAGUUUUAGGUAUAACAUAUAUUAGGGAUCAUUGUUAAACCAAAUGGCAGAUAUAUGAUUUAAUAAAUAAAUAAAUACGGUAAGUGCUCAAAUUUUUGGCUGCGUACCUAUUUUCGGCAGGUGUGUAAUUAAAGCCAAAUUAUAGAUCAAUGCUUGAUAAAAUAAGGCCAAACGCUCUUUUCAAACGUAAAAACCAAUGCAUAAAUUUUAUUUUUUUUAAAACUCGGUAAAUAAUUUAUUUUUCUCUUUAAAGGCUGCCGAAAAUGGGUACAUGUCGAAAGAUUUUGUACGCAAUUAUAUGCAGAGUUGUCUACUAGAUCAAUCUGCCAGCAAGAUUGGCAAACAGUCAGCAUAAAAUGACAUUUUUGACCACUUUCAAGCAACAAAAUUACCAAAAGAAGAGUGGAAAACUGUUUAAAAUUUUAUUGUGUGAUCAUUUUAAUGGUUUAAAACAAAAUAGAAACACAGCAUUUACCCUAAAUAAAUAUCUUGGGAUUUAUUGUAUCGGUUGUAUCACUUCCGUUAAUUCAAUAUUUACUGGUGUUAAUCUGCCAUUAUUUGCCGAAUAUUUAAGUACAAAAUUACCGAUAUCUCGUAUAAUAAUAAGACACUGAAUGAAAACUAUUUCACGUUUUGUUUCCGAAUCUGUCCCCGAAAAAUUGGAAACGUCUCCUAAGAAAUUCCGGAACCGACAUAAUAUAAAUUAUCCAAUUUUUUAUGAACGAAUAACCGUUUUGCAUGGCCCAAAGCUAACGAAAGGAGUAACCAUGAUAAGUGAUCUUAGUUCGAAUCAGAAUGAUUUUAAAGAUCGAAUUGUGAAAAAAGUGGAGAAAAUAUUCCGAUUACAAUACUAGCUUCCUCCUCCUCACUUAAGUGCAAUGUUCCAAUCGCUUGAAAUCAUAUCGAAACGAUCAUUUUACUCAGAAUUAAAGUAAGCUCUGCCGUUUUUACGCUCACUCACACAGGUUCAGAAACGGCUAUGUAUGCAUAUGUGUGCAAUGCACAUGUAAUGCUUAUGCGUUCACCGCACAACUGCUUCACAUUUUGCAAUGAUUCAUCCCUAAGCCAUUCGAGCUGAGUUGCGUACAGGACUGGUAUGCGCUCCGCGUUACAGCAAUAGUUUAUUGCUUUGUGCUAGAGCCCUAUACUGUCGAAUCGUGGAAAUCGCAUAUUUAAACAUUGUACAUUACUUUGGAAACCAGCUUUGUUAUACAAAAUAUUAUCACAGCAGAACAGAAGAUAAACUACUAGAACAGAAGAGACAAAGCGUCAAUAGAAACAAACACAAAACACCGAAAACAUGGAAGAAUGGUACGAGAAUAUUUAUCAACAGACCGGCAUUUUCGUAACCACACCUGGCGUUCCACUUGGCAUUACCGUCGGCAAGUUCAACACCAUCCACACGUUCCUGAUGGUUCCGAGCGGGGAUGUGAUACGUCGCCCAAUCUUAUGGUGCAAAAUACUUAGACCUCCGGAAGACCUAAACAUCGACCUGCCUAUGAAUGUUCGAGUGAUUGUAUUCCGUGGACGACUGAAGGGAAUGUUUGGCAAGGUGGUUGGCAGUUACAAUGGACGAGUUUUCAUACAGACUUUGGAUGGGUCCAUGCCGCGAUACCACCCGGCGAUUAAUAAGUUCGAGUGGAAAUAUUUCGUCGAAGAUGCGGAAUGCCUGUACAUAUGGCGAAUGCAUCAAACCCCGGAACAAGUAUACCCCGAAGGAUUUUACGAAAAACUAACGUCUCGAGGCUGCUGAAGGUGGCGAAUCUAUUCGUAAGCUGGAGACCGCACCGACUUUGGAGAACAUCGAAAUGGGCCUAGUGAAAGGGGAAAGCAAUAUCGAAUCGAAACGAUAGACGGAAACUUUCAACAUCAACACAAACGUGUUUUUAUUUUUCCUGCGUGUGACCACUCAAAUUGUGUGCAUGGUUCUGUUUGUUUUCGUUUUUAUGUAUUAAUAUUUAUUUGAAGCAUUAAACUGCAAUAGUUUAUCCGAUUAUGUUAUUUUCUUUAGCGUACGAAAGAAAUGUUCCCUGCUACACCACAGCAAUUAACGCAUUUGCUAGAAGAUCUAGUGAUAUCGCCUCUAAAACUCUCGCAUUUUUUAAUGUGCUAUUGUUAUGCAUUUUAUACAUUUUCAUUCUGCAAUAUAUUGUUUUAUUAUCCAGGUACCUUUUAUCCGGUUAUCCCAUUAUCCGUGCAGCUCGGACCAAUACCAAUGAUAGCAAGAAAUAAAAGCCACAACAGGCAAUUAUACUAUUUGCUCAAGUUAUGCUCAAACAGAACAGAUUUAUUUUGCAAAGUGCAAAGAAAAUGAACAUCUUGCUUAACACACUAAACACUAAUAUUUAUCAAUAAACAGAUUUGUUAGAUCCGAUGAUCCGUGAUAUUCGUUUAUCCGGCAAUGGCUGUGUCCCGAUGAAGACGGAUAAUCGGCGUUCCACUGUAUAUGGUUCCAUGCGGCUCACGAAAAUAUCGUUUCUAAGUUUCAAGCCAAUGUCUCACCGUGUUUAUUAAAUAACUCUGACAUUACAUUACAAAAAAAACAGAUUCAGAUGGAUAAACAACAUUCAAAAAUAAAAGAAAAAAAAUUUGGCGUUCAUCUUUCCGGUUACAUAACUGACUGCUGAAAUUUGGUCGUUUUUUCAUGAAGAUAGAGUAUGAAGAGAUUGAUCGUGAAUGAGGUGUGAACGAGACAGUUUGAAAAAUUUCCUUAGUUUGACAUAAUUAAAAUUAAAAAACAUAAUUACAAAGAUGUCUCCAGGCCAUGUCUACACGACGUGCUCGACCGUGAGCAGGCCAGAUAAGAAUUAAAAAGAGAACAUGCUUCCUUAAUCCAUACUGUUUUAUUUUUGUGUGUGUGAAUUUGCACACAUAUGACAAGAAAGUCAACCCGUAAAUCUUGCGUUUAUAUAUGUAGGUGUUACAUUCCAUGUAACCAUGGUUACAUUCCAAGCAACCAAUGACAUAUUCAGAACAUUUUUUGGCUAGCUGCCGCUAGGAGCAAAUUGUCAUGUUUUUUCUCGUUCUAUCAAACUAACCAAAGCGAAACAGCAUGAUGAUUUUGCUCGUUGUCUCGUUGAGUUGCGUCCAACAAUCGCAGUAGCAUGCGCAUAUCCGGUUAUUCAGGCCAGUGUACAAGAGGCAUUACCUUAAAAGUAAAGACGUCAAUUAUUAACGGCCGAGUACAGAUUGGAGCAGCAGCACUUUUGGGAACAUGGCAAGUAACAAACGAAACACGUUCCAGCUGACCAAUAGCAACUUCCGAAUUGGGAUGUUUGUGAGUGCUCCUGGACAUCCAGUUGCUCUCGUUCUUGGUGAAUGUAACGACGGUCCGACACAUAAGAUCCUGUUGCUGUCCAGUGGGGAACUCGUAACGCAGCCCGUGGGGUUGUGUCGCAUCAUUGAGCCACCAACAAAUCCCAAUCGCUCCAUUUUCAUGAAUAGACGGGUGCGUGUCACGAGCGGAGAAAUGGAGGGCGUGUACGGCGUGGUGCUUGGAAUCCACAAUGACCUAGCUUAUGUAUGUGCCUUGGAGGGUUUAGAAUUGGUCGGUAACACUCCAAGGAAUCCUACCAACGACGUCUGCUACUUCUUUGAAAAUGUGUCAUACCUGAAAAUUGUGUCAGACGAAAACCCGCCACGAAUGUGAAUGUCGGCAUGUGUAAUUUUACCAUUGUAAUGUAUUAUGCACUAAAGCACAAUUAGAAAAACUUGAA